AUGCCCUCUGCCUGCCACCACUGCGGCCACGCCUCGAACUGGCACCGAAUCACCUGUCCCAGCCGCACCUGCCGGCUCCCCAAACUCCGCACGCAACUCCGCCUCCACGGCAUCAACAACUCCACCCUCGUCGACAUCGUCCACGACCAGACCACGUUUAUGGAUAUCCUCACACACUAUAAUCGGAGGAAUGGAACGAGGUAUACGGCGUUGUGGGAUGAUGCGAGGCCACGCAGGAAGAUAGAUAAUUUUGCGUUUGUCUCCCGGAAGUGGGUGCGUGAGAACUCGGAACAUCUGUAUGUUGACUGGCCUGGUAAGGAGGCCGCCGAAGAAAAUGCCAUGGCGCAGGCUCUAAGAUCGAAUCAGGGAUACAGUCAUCGGAGCGGCGACCGCUACGCUGAUGGCGAGGAUCGCGAAGAGGGUGGAUGGGCUGUGGCGCCGACGACCAAGAGUAAGGGCGCGGCGAGGUUCAAGGCGAGCAAGGCGUUUCGUAAUUAG